AUGAGACCGGUCCUCUUACUUGGCCGGAACUGCGCGCGCCGAGCUUUCUCUCAAGCCCCCAAGACCACCAUAAGUUUCGGGCGAUGGCAUUCAACUAUUAGACACCGGCUCCCUGGCCCUUCAUCAUGGCGGAACUCUCAAUCCAAGACCCGGAUACUCCGCGCUACGGCCCAUGCUGCUCUUGGCACUGCGGCCUUCGUGAAGCUAUCCGAGAAAGAUAGCACAAGUGCAGAAGGAACAGCAGAGGGUCGUAUGCUAGAAGUAUCACGAGAUGAGUUAAAGAAAAAGGUUGAAGCUGAUGAAAAAGGGUUAUAUCGUUUUGGUCACAAGAUAUUUAUCUUUUUCGACUCUUAUCUCUGGGAGCCUCUAUGCACCGGCAUCAGAUUCGUUGAACUAGUCUUUAUAUUCAUCCCGGUUAUCAUUUCUGUUCCAGCCAUAUGGUUCGGGAGUCGCCAACCAAAUCAUGACAACGAGAGAUCUGGAACGCUAUGGUGGUAUAAUCUGCUGGUCAAGGCUAUGGAAACGGCUGGCCCAGCCUUCAUCAAGCUUGGUCAAUGGGCAGCCUCUAGGACUGAUAUUUUCCCCACUGAAAUGUGUGAUAUCAUGUCUAAACUCCAUUCCAAUGCCCCGGCACACUCCCUAGAAGCUACCAUGCGAAUAGUUCAAAAGGCAUUCGAUGGAAGGAGCUUCGAGGACAUUUUCGAAGAGUUUCACGAGAAACCCCUGGGUGUAGGCGCUAUCGCACAGGUAUACAAAGCCAAGUUAAAACCCGAUCUUACCGCCCCAGGCGAUAUCGAUAUUUUGGAUACUCGACGUAAUCUCCGAAAAAAUGUCCGCCAAAAAGUCGACACCGUUCUCAAGAGUGUACCGAAACGUGUUCCCUCGUCUUAUGUCGCCGUCAAGGUUCUACACCCGCGUGUCGAACGAACUGUUCGUCGCGAUAUCCGUAUUAUGGGGUUCUUUGCUUCGGUCCUUAAUGUAGUACCUACUAUCGAGUGGUUAUCCCUGCCCGACGAAGUUGCCCAGUUUGGAGAGAUGAUGAAGCUCCAACUUGAUCUUCGUAUAGAAGCAGCCAACUUGGCCAAGUUCCGGAGAAACUUUAAGGACCGCACGACAACUUGGUUUCCAUUCCCCUAUCUCGAAUUCACAACCCGGGAAGUGCUAAUCGAAGAGUUUGCACAAGGUAUACCCUUAGCAGACUUUUUGGAGAAUGGGGGUGGUGUUUUCCAGCAGGAUAUUUCUCAGGAAGGUCUUGAUGCUUUCUUGCGCAUGCUACUUAUUGACAACUUUGUGCACGCUGAUCUACAUCCUGGCAAUAUCAUGGUUCGCUUCUAUCAAGCACAUCAGCCUAAUCUUAGCUUGCGUAACCAGAGCCAUGGCCAGAAGCCCCAUCCUGAGGAACAGGCUGAUGUUACCGAGAAAGUACUCGCACGCCUUCGCCCGUAUCGCAAGCGCAAAGACCCUGCGGCUUGGGAAGCGGAACUGAAGAAAAUCGAUGAGGAAGGAUUCAGACCACAGCUUAUAUUCAUUGACACGGGACUCGUAACGGAGCUCAAUGCGACCAACCGUCGCAACUUUCUAGACCUCUUCCGCGCCGUUGCCGAGUUUGACGGUUACAAGGCAGGCCACUUGAUGUGUGAACGCUGCCGUCAACCUGACCUUGUCAUUGAUAAGGAAGUGUUCGCCUUGAAGAUGCAACAUCUCGUUUUGAAUGUCAAAAGCUCCACCCUUGCUCUAGGCAACGUCAAAAUCGGGGACAUUCUACAACAGGUUCUAGACAUGGUCAGACAUCAUCACGUGAGGUUAGAAGGCGAUUUUGUAAAUGUCGUCAUUAGUAUAUUACUCCUUGAGGGUAUCGGUCGCAGCCUCGACCCCAACGUCGAUCUCUUGAGUAGUUCGCUACCAAUCCUUAGACAACUGGGAGCACAAAGCGGGGCGGAGAUGAUGAAAGGCGGCGAUUUCUCCAUGCUCUUCGUUUGGGCGGGGCUAGAGGCAAGAAGAUUCAUGAAGGCCAGCAUAGAAGAUGUGGAGAGAUGUGUAAAAUACGAUUUGUUAUCACCAAAUAUAUAA